AUGUUCCCCCAAAACCGCCCCCCGGCUCAUCUCCAGGCACCCGCCGUGGCUUCGGCAGCUGCCAGCACGGUUUCCACGACCCCUCAGUCCCUGAAACUGACCUACCCGGAGACCUUGGACCGGAUCAAGGAGGAAUUCCAGUUCCUGCAAAACCAAUACCACAGCUUGAAGUUAGAAUGUGAAAAACUGGCAACAGAAAAAACAGAAAUCCAGCGACAUUAUGUCAUGUACUAUGAAAUGUCCUAUGGCCUGAACAUCGAAAUGCACAAACAGACGGAGAUCGCCAAGCGGCUCAACGUCAUCUGUGCCCAGCUCAUCCCAUUCCUGUCCCAGGAGCAUCAGCAGCAAGUGGUCCAGGCAGUGGAGCGAGCCAAGCAGGUGACUAUGGCAGAGUUGAACGCGGCAAUCGGGGUAUGGUUUUUGCCGCCCCAACUUUCUGUGCAUCAGCUCCAGGCGCAGCACCUGUCCCACCACGCCCCUCCCAUCCCGCUGACCUCUCAUCCCUCCGGCAUGCAGCCCAGCAUCGGUGGAGCUUCUGGGCUGCUGGCUCUGUCCGGGGCCCUGGGAGCUCAGGGCCAGCUCCUCCCGAAGGACGACAGGGGACUUCACGACAGUGAGCACAGAGAGCGAGACCUGGGUCCCAGCUCCCUGGUGCUGCCCAACGGGGAGCGGGUGCGAGCCAUCUCGGAGUACCUGAGCAACAGCAAGAAGAGGAAGGCUGAGGAGAAGGACUUCGUCACGGACUACGGCAGCGAUGCGGACAAGAGCGAGGACAACCUGGUGGUGGAUGAGGACCCCUCCUCCCCGCACAGCGUCCACUCGUACUCCUCCCGCGAGAACGGGGUGGACAAGGUCCCGUUGCAGCGGAAGGAGGCUGUACCGCUCAGUCCCACCUCCAUGGCCUCGUCCAGCAGCACCUCCCCAUCGCGGAGCAAGGACCAGCCCACGGUGGAGAAAGUCGCAACUCCCGGUUUGAAGUCCAGCACCCCGACUUCCCAAGGAGACGCCACGGUGCCAGGCUCCAGCAGCAGCAGCGCCACCCAGCAGUUCCGCCCGGGGGCGGCAAAGCCCUCGGUGGAUUCGUUAGCUCUGGGCCUGAGGAACCCGCUGGCCAUGCAGAGCUCCUACCCGGCCGCCUUCGGCAUGGCGCACCCCUCCGUCAACGGCGACAUGGCCGGGGCUGGGGCCUACGCGGGGCUGCACCUGGUGUCCUCACAGCUCAACGGGGCAGCGGCGGCCGUGGGAGCCGCCGGCUACGGCCGCUCCCCUCUGGUCGGCUAUGACCCGCACUGCCACAUGCGUGUCCCGGGGCUGUCGGCCGGCAUGCAGGCGGGGACCUCGGGCAAACCCGCCUACUCCUUCCACGUGAGCGCCGACGGGCAGAUGCAGCCGGUCCCCUUCCCUCCCGACGCCCUCAUCGGCACCGGCAUCCCCCGGCACGCCCGCCAGCUCCACACCCUGACCCACGGCGAGGUGGUUUGCGCCGUCACCAUCAGCAACUCCACCCGGCACGUCUACACGGGGGGCAAGGGCUGCGUGAAGGUGUGGGACGUGGGGCAGCCUGGGACCAAGACGCCCGUGGCGCAGCUGGACUGCCUGAACCGCGACAACUACAUCCGCUCCUGCAAGCUCCUCCCGGACGGGCGCAGCCUCAUCGUGGGGGGGGAGGCCAGCACCUUGUCCAUCUGGGACCUGGCCGCGCCCACCCCCCGCAUCAAGGCGGAGCUGACCUCCUCGGCGCCCGCCUGCUACGCCCUGGCCAUCAGCCCCGAUGCCAAGGUCUGCUUCUCCUGCUGCAGCGACGGCAACAUCGUGGUGUGGGACCUGCAGAACCAGACUCUGGUCAGGCAGUUCCAGGGCCACACGGACGGCGCCAGCUGCAUCGAUAUCUCCAACGACGGCACCAAGCUGUGGACGGGGGGGCUGGAUAACACGGUGCGGUGCUGGGACCUGCGGGAGGGGCGCCAGCUGCAGCAGCACGAUUUCAGCUCCCAGAUCUUCUCGCUGGGUUACUGUCCCUCGGGGGAGUGGUUGGCCGUCGGCAUGGAGAGCAGCAACGUGGAGAUCCUGCACGUGGCCAAGCCGGACAAGUACCAGCUCCACCUCCACGAGAGCUGCGUCCUCUCCCUCAAAUUUGCCUCCUGCGGUAAAUGGUUCGUGAGCACAGGGAAGGACAAUCUGCUGAAUGCCUGGAGGACGCCCUAUGGAGCCAGUAUCUUCCAGUCAAAGGAAUCCUCCUCGGUCCUGAGCUGCGACAUCUCCACCGACGACCAGUUUAUCGUGACCGGCUCGGGAGACAAGAAGGCCACGGUUUACGAGGUCAUUUACUGA